AUGCAACUUGCACAGUUUCGAGCGCUCUGCCGCACGCCGUCCACGUCCUGUACGCGGCCGCUACCAGCGACACUGGCCCGUGCCUUGUCCAUGCAAAGUGAAGCGACCGCAAAGGUCUCGAAGGAAGAGAUGCUGCGCGCGUUUGACAAGUUCCAGAAGGACGCGGCUGCAAACACAGUGCCCUGGUUCCUUGAGAACAUGCCGCCGUCGUACUUCCGCUCCAUUGAAGAAGAAGACCGACUGCAGCACCUGAACGCCAUCACAGCGCUCAUUGGCGCCGAGCAGCCUGAAGUGCUGCUGCGCUCGCCGGACCACAAAGUGUUUUCGCACUUUCGUUCGGGUGCCAACUUUCCCGGCCGACUCGCGAACGUGCUGGAGCAGCUCCCGCAGACGGUGGACGGGGCCACGCUCGCCCGUGUCAAGAUCUUCACUGCUCUGGACGACUCGCUUGGCCUCGAUAUCUUUCGCUUUGGGCAGCAAGAGCGCUUCUUGAACCAGUCUGAAGACGAGAAGCACGCUCGUGACAACAUCCUCAAGUUUUGUGCCGAUAUCCAGGCUGGCAAGUACGCGAGCGAUGCGAGCUACCCAAACGCGGGUCCGCACUUUGAGCCGGAGGUCGUGGACGCCUUCCUUAACAAUAGCAACACCAUGUACGUGCAGUACAGCCAUCCACGUCGCCUCGCCAAGCAACUGGAGCUGUACCAGCACGUGCGUGGCACUGAAGGGGUUGCGGUGGAUGUCGAGCACAAGUGGGAGACCCGUAGCGAGGAGAACAAGUUCGUCUCGAGCGACGUCUCGCAAACCAUGCUGACCAUUGCAGCGUCGAACGUCAUUCCCAAAAGUUUCAUGCAGACGGCGGCCACGUACCUAGGUCUGUGCAACCUCAACGUGAUACGAGCCCAUUUAGAUGUUGUUCGGGACCCGGAGAGUAGCAACGGUGAUGGCCACGUAGCCAUGGUGCGGAUUCUUGUACAGCCCAGCAAAGAGGCUCUGCAGGAGAACUUUGAGUUCGAGUGGCUAAAGAUAUCUGGGAACCUCAAGUACCUCAAGUGGGUUGACGACGGACCAGUUCAUCUCACGUUGCAGCACCCUGACCUAGGUAUCUCACGGGCUGAGCUCAUCUAUGCCUACGGCAACAUGCUGCAUGGUGUCCUGGCAAAGAAAGAUCCGUUUGCGUAUUCGCUCACGCGCAUUAUGGAGACGCUGAAACAUGAGCAGCACUUGCCCUUCGCUUCGCGUACGGCGGACUUUUUUCUGCGGAAGUUCGACCCACAACAGAAGCGGCUCACGGAUGCCGAGCAAUAUGCUUUCGUUGACGAGAUCAAGGCCGAUAUCCGUCGCAACGUUGAGCAGGAGGACGCGAUCGAGCUGCUGAAUAGUAUGGCGGAUGCCGUCCGCGGCACACUGCGCACCAACAAGUUUUUGCGCGAGCGCUAUGCGCUGUCGCUCCGGAUGGACCCUGAGGUCAUGGGUUAUGGCACUGUGGGCAAGGACACGCCGUUCGGGGUCUUCUUCAUUUGUGGCCGUCGAUUCAAGGGCUUCCACGUACGUUUCCGCGACAUUGCUCGUGGUGGUCUCCGCAUGGUAUACCCCAGCUCCACGGACGCCCAUGCGCUCGAGAGUGCCCGGCAGUACAACGAGGCCUACAAUCUCGCCUUUGCCCAGCAGCUGAAGAACAAGGAUAUCCCAGAAGGUGGGUCCAAAGCUGUGGUGCUCUGUGACCCUAUCGUUGGCAAUGCCGGGGAAGUCGCUCCGCGUGACUUCAUUAUCCGCAAGAGCGUCAAAGCUUUCUCGGAUGCGCUACUUGACCUGAAUACCACGGACGAAGCUGUGAAGGAGAAGAUCGUGGAUUACUACGGGAAGGACGAGCUCAUUUACUUGGGCCCGGACGAGAACAUCAUCCCUGAGGACAUUGUCUGGAUGACGAAGCGUGCUGCCCAUCGCGACUACCCAGUCCCGCGCGCCUUCAUCAGCUCAAAACCCGACGCUGGUUUCAACCACAAAGUGUAUGGAGUUACCAGUGAGGGCGUCGCUGUCUUUGCAGAUGUCGCUCUACGUUCGCAGAACAUUGACCCGACCAAGCAGCCUUUCACCGUAAAGAUCACGGGCGGCACUGACGGCGACGUGGCUGGAAACGUCAUUAAGAUCCUCCACCGUGAGUACGGCACCAAUCUGCGUGUCGUUGGCAUUUGCGAUGGUACAGGUGUGAUCGAGGACCCCCAAGGCCUCGACAUGGACGAGCUGCUGCGUCUUGUGGACGAGUCGCUGCCUCUGUCGAGCUUUGACGAGUCCAAAGUGUCGCCUAGCACUGGCGUGAAGCACGACAUUAGCACACCGAGUGGAAUCCGAGCUCGUAACUCGAUGCACAACCGUGUCAAGAGCGACCUGUUCAUCCCUGCUGGUGGCCGUCCGAACACCAUCAACGAGAACAACUGGCAGGAUUACCUGGACGCUGAUGGGAAGCCGUCGUCGAGCUUGAUCGUAGAAGGCGCCAACUUGUUCAUUACACCCGAAGCGCGUCAGCUGCUGUUCGAUCAUGCCGGUGUCGUCAUUGUCAAGGACAGUUCGGCCAACAAGUGCGGCGUCGUGUGCUCUUCGUAUGAGAUUGUCGCGAGCAUGUUGCUCGAGACCGACGAGUUUCUAGCCGUCAAGGACGAGCUGGUCGUGGAAGUUGUUGACAAGCUGCGUGCAUUGGCUCGCGUCGAGGCUCAGCUGCUGUUCCGUGAGUACAAGAAGGACCCGUCGUCGGCGCUUCCACCUGCGAGUGAGCGCAUUAGUCGCGCCAUCACGCGCGUGCACGAUGCCGUGCUGGCCUACUUUGACGACGUGUGUGACGAGGACCAGCAGAUUUUGUUCACGCUCAUCGACGAGCACCUGCCGCCAAAGCUGCGCGAGCUCGCGCUUCACCGCGUCCACGAGAACGUGCCGCUUGCGUACAUCCGCUCCAUCGUGGCUUCAAGUUUGGCCAGCAAGAUCGUGUACCGAGAGGGUCUCCAGUUCACUGAGGCCUUGCCAGAGGGGAACCUGGGCAACAUGGCGCUGCAAUACCUCAAGCAGGAGAAGAAGGUGCAGCGUCUCGUGCAAGAUGUGCGUGCGUCCCAACUGCCCAACAAGGAGGACAUUGCCGAUCUCAUUGCUCGCGGUGGCGUUCGUGCUGGCAUCGAUACGCCCAACUAA